AUUAAGGAGACAUGCAAAAUGUGCAGUGAUGGGGGUCCUCCAGGAAUGUGGUUGAGAACCACUGAUCUAAACCAAGCAAGUACGAUGUUCUAGGAGGCUUUAAAUAUCACCUCACAGUCAGUAGAUUUGGUGCAAAUCUUCAACAAAUGCCACUGGGCUCGCCUGGAGGUUUGAACCGUUCACCUGAUGCUUUUUAUGCCUUUGCUAUUGAUGCUGCUGUAGACGAGAGCACAAAAGAAGUGUGGAUGUUAUCACUCACUCCAUCUGAAACCACCAUUUUUUUUAUUUUAAAAAUGCCUUCUCACAGUGUGCUUCAGUUAUUAAUGAAAACAUUUCAGAAAUGUGGUGCUAUCAAAACCAGUCUCCAUCUUGAACAUCAUCUUUCAAGUUUUCACCAAGUUCAGCAACAGAUUUUGCUGUAGAAGCUGCUGGCGGAGACCCACAGACUCUUCCGGGAAUAGCGGAGGAAGGCACGCGUGUCUCAUCAUCCUCAUCCUCGCGGUCAUCAGUGUAUUUGAGCGGGUUUGGAGAGAGUUGGAGUGAGUUUUCAGGAUGGAGGUGAUAGGAGGCAGAGCUUGAGGAUCUCUCCGGGAUCCGCGGAUCGACACUGGAGGAAUGCGCGCCGGACUUGCAGACUUUCUCAGGUUCACAGGAUGAAAUAAACCCGUCUUCGUUCCCCGCCAUCAUGGUUUCUUCGGCGCCAAGCAACGCGACUCCGCUCUGCUUCUCCAUCAACAGCACGCCUUUCAAUCACAGCCACACCAUCACCUCGGCGUACUUCUCGGUGGUCUUCAGUGGCCUCGGCUUGAGCUCCAACCUCUUCGCUUUGGUGGUUCUGGCCAAGACCUUCCACCACACCAAGAGCCGAUCGCGCUCCUCGUUCCUGCUCUUCCUCGGCGGAUUGGUGUUCACCGACUUCAUGGGGCUGUUGGUCACCGGGUCCAUCGUGGUGUCUUUCCACAUCACACACUUCAACUGGCGCCAACUGGACCCUCAUUGCCACUUCUGCAACUUCAUGGGCAUGUCGAUGGUCUUCUACGGGCUUUGCCCGCUGCUUCUCGGCGCCGCGAUGGCCGUGGAGCGAUUCGUAGGCAUCAACCAACCCUUCGCGCGCUCCACCGUCAUGUCCAGCAGCAGAGCGUGUUCGACGGUGGCCAUGGUUUGGGUCACGGCCGGCUGCAUCAGUCUCCUGCCGUUGGCCGGAUUGGGAAGCUACCGUCUCCAGUUCCCCGGUUCCUGGUGCUUCCUCAACAUCAGCUCCAAACCGCUGGAGAUGACCUUCGGUUUGAUCUUCUCGCUCGUGGGUUUGCUGUCGCUGGCCGUGUCGUUCCUGCUCAACACGGUGAGCGUCAUCACCCUACUGAAGGUGUGUUGCGGACAGGACCGCGCUCAACGGAGACGAGACUAUGAAGUGGAGAUGAUGGUGCAGCUGAUUUUGAUCAUGACCAUCGCCUCCGUCUGCUGGUGCCCUCUACUGGUGUUUAUUGCACAGACGGUGCUGUCGGGCAGUGAGCUCAACAUUCGCCACCUGCUUCUCUGGCUUCGUUUUGCGACGGGGAACCAGAUCCUGGAUCCCUGGGUCUACAUCCUAUUCCGACGUGCCAUUCUGAAACGCGUCACUCCCAAGAUGGACUGGUCCCGCGGCUCCAUCACCAGCCUCUAUCCUACACUCUCGACGUCCUUCCGCAGACUCACGCGUGCCUCUCUUAGAGGAACGAUUGACCGUUUGGAUCGCGACCGGCCAAAUCCAGACAAAGCCAGACAAGAGGAUACGCCUCUACCUGUGCAGGACGCCACUGCAGUGUCUAGUUCCAUUUAGCAGCCAAGACUAGCAUUUAUCUUCUACUAUUAAUGAUUCAAUGUCUUAUAUGGUGCCCAACGUAGGGGAUGACCCUCCUUUUAAACCCUUUUGUAGGCGCUUCGCUUUCGGAGAGGUGCUCCAGACGUAAAUCUAUUCGUACACAUUUGAGAAGCGUAUAUUUGAGCUCUCGAGACGUGUCGAACUCGCAUGAACUUGGAGAGCGAAGCUGUUGAGGAGAACGUACUGUAGACUUUAGUGGGAAAGUGGGCGGGGCUUGAUUUUUUCCAGUUGGCCGGUGAUUGAAUGAUGAAAAGUGGCGGUUGGCUGGAGGGGGAGGGGUUGGAAAAUAACGAUAUGAUGUCAUUUUGGAGGCGGAGCCUUUGUACGAUAGUGUCCGCCUACUUUUCCAUCAGUUCCUGGAGUUUUUCGCAUUCAUUUCCCAUUUGUUAAAGAGUUAAACCAAUCCAUGAACCAAACCAACUAACUACGAUGUGAAACCUGUUAAAUUUUCAAACAAAAAAGUAUUUGAAACUAGGACAAUAAGGCAAGAAUGUGUACUUAAUGGCGUUAAUGAAAACGUGCAGUACAAAUUUCAAGGCUUGAGUGGGAAAGUGGGCGGAGCUUGAUUUUUCGAGUUGGCCGGUGAUUGGAUGAUGAAAAGGGAUGGUUGAAGGGAGAGGGGUUGAAAAGUAAGCAUGUCUGAUGAUGUCGUUUUGGGGGCGGAGCCUUUGCACAAUAGUGUCCGCCUACUUUUUCAGCAGUUCCUGGAGUUUUUCCCAUUCAAGUAGAAUUAAACCCAAACAUGAACCAAACCAAUCAGAUACAAUGUGAAUCACAACAUAGUCUGAUUUAAAGCUAAAAGUAUUUGAAAAUUGGACAAAAAGGCAAGGAUGAGUACUUGAUGGCUUUAAUGAAAACGUUCAGUAGAAACCUGUAGGUUUGAGUCCUUGAUCGGGGCUUGAUUUUACCAGUUGGCCAGUGAUUGGAUGAUUACUGGGGGGUGGGUUGGAAAAAUAAGAGUGAUGUCAUUUUGGAGGUGGAGCCUUCGCACAAUCGGUCCCACCCACUUUCAGCAGGUCCUCGAGUGUUUUUCCCAAAGGGAUUUUUUAAAGAGUUAAAAGCAACAAACCAAACCAGCCGACUAGGAGGUAAAUCACAAAAUUAACUCUAAUUUAAAGCAAAAAUGUAUUUAAAAAUCUGUAAAAAGGCAAGUCUGUAUAUACACUCAAUGGCUACGAUGAAAAUGUACGGCAGAAACUCGCAGACUGGGCUUGCUUUGGGACAACUGUACAGUUUUGGCUCACUUCCCGGACAAACACCCUCCUUUUCCUUUCUGAUAAGACUAUGAGGACCACACACUUGGAUAAAAUGGCAACUUUCACCACGAAGGCGAUUCUGGUUUAUUUCUGGCCUUGUCAUGGACUGUUCUUCUCGUUUGAGGAAUCAAACAAGUAUCAUAACUAGCACAAAUUUGGUUAUUCUUGUGCGAGCAGACACAAGGUUAGCAUCAGAUGCUGUCAGAGUGAAUGAUCUGUUUUGAUCUCUCAUUUAUUUCGCAUGUAAACCCAAGCAUUGCUGUAUUAAAAUCAUUAUUCAAUC